AUGUGUGUUUUGGUGAUACAAAUUAAGCAGGUUGCAGAAGAGUUGGUAUUGUUUGGGAAGAGUACAUGCCCAAUAUUGAUGACAACCCUAUUUAUGCAUUCAAAGGUGGUCAUUUCCAUGCUUUUCUUGGGUCGUAUGGGGAAAAUUGACUUGGCUGGAGGGUCUCUUGCAAUGGCAUUUGCAAAUAUUACAGGAUUCUCAGUCCUCAAGGGCUUAUCACUAGGGAUGGAUCCCAUUUGUUUUCAAGCCUACGGCGCCAAAAGAUGGUCAGUUCUCAGCCAGACUUACCUAAAGACUUUCCUUCUCCUCUUAUUUGCAUCAAUUCCCAUCUCAAUCUUAUGGCUAAAUAUCGAAUCAGUCUUCCUCCGGUUAGGCCAGGAUGUGGUCAUCACAAAAGUAGCCGAAGAAUACCUAGUUUUCGCCAUUCCUGAAUUGAUAGGCCAUGCUCACCUCAAUCCAUUAAGGUCAUUUUUGAGGACUCAGAGCAUUAAUUCACCCAGCACAAUGGCUGCCACUUGUGCUACUCUCCUCCACCUCCCCAUCAAUUACAUUCUCGUCACAUAUCUGAAUUUAGGGGUGAAGGGCAUUGCCUUGGCUUCUUUUUGCUUUAUAUUUAACAUGAACAUUGGAUUGCUAGCAUAUCUUGUGCUGUCAAAAGUACCACUGAAACCAUGGAUCGGGGCAACAAUUAUCUCCACAUUUCAAGGUUGGAGGCCACUGCUAAGUAUAGCAUUGCCUAGUGUGUGCUCUGUGUGCUUGGAAUGGUGGUGGUAUGAGAUUAUUUUGUUCCUGAGUGGCUUAUUGGGCAAUCCCCAAUCUUCUGUGGCUGCAACUGGCAUUAUGAUACAAACAACAGGCCUACUAUAUGCAUUCCCAUAUUCCCUGAGUUCGAGUAUAUCACAACGUGUUGGGCACGAGUUGGGGGCUUGCCAACCUGUCCGCGCCCAAUUGGCAGCCAUGGUUGGGCUCGCCAUUGGAAUGGCUUAUGGACUUGCAGCCUUUGGGUCGACUGUUGCUGUGAGGUCUGUUUGGGGGAAAUUGUAUAGUAAAGACUCUCAGAUUCUUGAAUUGGUGUCGAUGGCACUACCAAUCAUGGGGCUUGCUGAAGUUGGGAAUGCCCCUCAAACAGCUGCCUGUGGUGCCCUCACAGGGUCUGCCAGGCCUAAAGUUGGGGUUCGUGUAAAUAUUGCCGCGUUUUACUUCAUUGGGUUGCCGGUUGCUGUUUUACUAGCAUUCAAAUUCAAAAUAGGUUACCGGGGACUAUGGUGGGGACUAGUAGCGGCUCAGGGUGCAUGUGCAUCCAUGAUGGUAUACACCUUAAUUCAAACCGAUUGGAGGUACCAAGUUAAGAGGGCAGAGGAGCUGACUCUGGCUGCUGGAGACAAGGAUGAUGUAGAAAUGAAUUUAGUGCCUUAG